AUGCUGGAGGACUACAGCAACCUUGUUGCAGUGGAGUUUCAUGUUAACAAACCAGAUGUGAUCUUCAGAUUGGAGCAAGGAGGGGAACCAUGGAUAGUGGAUGAGUUCUCACAGAAAAUUCACAGAGGAGAGAAAUCCCGUGAGUGUAAUGAAUGUGGAAAGACCUUCUUUCAGGAGUCAGCCCUUGCUGAGCAUUUCAGGUCCCACACAGGUGAGAAACCUUAUGAAUGCAAGGAAUGUGGGAAUGCCUUCAGUAAAAAAUCUUACCUCAUUGUACAUCAGAGAACUCACAGAGGAGAGAAGCCAAACGAAUGUAAAGAAUGUGGGAAAACCUUCUUCUGUUAGUCAACUCUGACCACACAUCAGAAAAUUCACAUAGAAAAGCCCUAUGAAUGUAGUGAAUGUGGGAAAACUUUCUUUUGUCAGUCAGACCUCAGUGUGCAUCGGAGAAUUCAUAGAGGAAAGAAGUCUCACGAGUGUAAUGAAUGUGGGAAAUGUUUCUGCCAUAAGUUAACACUCACUAUACAUCAGAGAACUCACACAGGAGACAACCACACUCAUGAAUGCAAUGAGUGUCAGAGGAUCUACUGCCAGAAGUCAGCUCUGACUCACUGUCAGAGAGCACACACUGGGGAGAGACCCUACACAGGCCAUGAGUAUGGGAAAACCUUUUGCCAGAAGUUCUCCUUUACUGAAUAACAGAGAAUUCACACAGGAGAGAAGCCAUAUGAAUGUACCGAGUAUGGGAAAUCCUUCUGCCACAAGUCAGCCUUCCAUGUGCAUCAGAGAAUCCAUACAGGGGAAAAGCCUUAUGGAUGUAAUGAAUGUGGGAAAACCUACCAGAGUCUGUGGACUCUCACUGAGCAUCAGAAAAUACACACAGGAGAGAAACUCUAUGAAUGUAGCAUAUGUCAGAAAACAUUUCACCAAGUAUCCAACUUCCUCUUACAUCAGAAAACUCACAAAUAGUAAGUUUCAACAAAGCAGCAAAUCAAAUAAUGUACAUAAUACUAAAACUGUACAUAGAGGAAUGGAGUCUUAUCAAUGUAAUGAAUGUGGGAAAUUUUUCUGCCAUAAG